UCUUAUCUAUACUAGAGCAUACUUCUCACAGAAUUUGAAACACUUCGUUUGGGAGCGUUUGGAAGUGUCAAUGAAAAGUAUGUUAGUUUUGUCAUUAUAAAAGGCUCAUGAUGAAUUUACACAAAAUACAUUAAUAGUUACACCAAUUAACAGUUUAGUAUUUUUGAUUACAUAAAUGAGUAGGGAGAAAAAAAUCUGUUAAUGUGCCUACUUUGAUUAUCAGGACUACCAACGAGGAUGGAAUGGUGGGUUAUUUAGGCCCAGAGAUUCUAACUGGUGGAAUAUAUGACACCAAAAGUGAUAUUUGGUCCUUGGGAUGUGUCCUGUAUGAGUUGUGUAUGCUUCAGGGUGCAGUAAGUAAUCCUGCAUUUAAAUGCUUGUUAUUAUUUCGUAUUUUCCAGUCGGUGAAGUUGUAUACGACAUGAGUGCAGUCAAAUAAUUAGAAAGUAGAAACAAUUAUUCAACCAAUGAGAUAAGUGUCUACCCAGCUAGUUAAAGAUAGCUAACAUUGACAAAAUUAAACUAGCUACAUGUAUCUUAUAAAAAAUAUUACGAUUGUAAGAUUGCUCUGUUUUAUAAAUUUUCAGCUGAAAAGUUCAAAGAUCAGAUACCAAAAACUUGUAAACUCGGGACGCAAAAUUCUGACUUGAAGGGUCGAUCAAAAUCCAAUAAUUCCGACAUAAGUUGAACUCGUUCUAUUUUGCCUGUCCACCACUAGAUAAUGAUGGAUAUUGUGUGAUAAUAGACAGUUCUUGCUUCUCAGUUCACUGCAGUGAACACAACGAACCUCAUUAAAAAAAUAUUGAGCGGAUCUUACCCAUCCCUACCAAAGAGCUUCUCACCGGAGCUCUGCGAACUCCUGUGUGACAUCUUCCAACAAGACCCGACCAUUAGGCCUUCAGCUGGUGACAUCAUGGCAAAACCCUUCAUUAUCAGUUUCCUCAAAAAAAAGAGUGAGAAAACUGUGGAGGAACUCCAGACAACCUUGGACAAGCUGAGAACUCUGGCAGGUGGCUUUGAGAGUAUUCACAAAGGCACCACCAUAGGCAGUCUGACAGGAGGUGUUAUUGGGGCAGCUGGAGGAAUCACCUCUUUAGUCGGGCUCAUCAUGGCUCCCUUCACUCUGGGCGCCUCCCUCAUCGUCACUGGGGUGGGUAUUGGGAUUGCUGUCACUGGUGGCGCCACAGCGGGAGUAUCCAACAUCACCAACAUGGUCAAUCAGUCCACCGACCGCCUAGCCAUGAAAAACAUCAUCAAGGAGUUCCAGGAGAAGAUGAACUCUGUGGUGACAUCUCUACAAGACAUCGCUAAGGGUUUGGAGACACUCAUGAAAAGUAGCUCUUCUAAGACAGAAAGUGCCGGUUUAAAUAUAGAGGCCGCUGCUAGUGCUGGGGUGAGGGUUGGGAAAGGCGUUGCGGGCACCACAGAGCUCUUCCGAUAUCUCCGGGUAGCCAAUAUUGGCAAGGUGGCAGCCCAAACUGCCAGGGCAGUGCGUGUGGCAGAGGUGGCGACAGGAAUAUUUUCAGCUUUUUUUGUAGCGGUUGAUAUCUUCUUCAUUGCCAUGGAUGCCAAAGAGAUCCACAACAUCCGACAUGCGAAGGCAAAUGAUACCAGUAAGUUAAAAGCGAUGGACACAGACUCCUUCACUGAGCUGAAGCCUGGAUGUGAAGAACCAAAGGCUGAGGUCAAGUCAGAGACCAUGAAGUUCAUCCAGACGAUCAGACAGACAGCUGAACGGCUACAGGAGAGCCUGGACGAACUGAGGGAUGUCAUCUCGUUCAUUCCUGAGAUAGAGGAUUGUUACUUAGACGACUGACCUACUCAGUGAUUAUAUUAGAUGCAUAAACAACAGAUCCAAUCAUACUUUAAUAUGCAACUUGUCUUCAAAAGACAGGCAUAGGCAGAUUGCCUUUCUGAUUCCCAGAACCUGAUUAAAUCCUUAAGACAUUGCUUGUAGAACUCAGCUACGAUAACUAAGUGGUAAAGAUCAAUAUUACAAGACGCCUCUACUUCUGAAACAUUUAGUUUUAUAUCAUAACCGUGUCAUGGAAUUAUUCUAAUCAAAAGGAGACACUUUAACAUUUCUUCAAAACAAGUCAACUUUAUUAUUUAAUUACUGCAGUAAUGGAGCUUGUCAACGAGCC